AUGGCUUACAGAAAGAUUUCAGGAUUUGUUCCUACUUUUGAGCCUGAUUUACCUUCAAAACCAGUAAUAAAGAAAGUUGAAAUUACCAAUAAUGACCUUGUAAAAGAUAUGCACAAGCAAUUAGAAGAUCUUCAUAUCAAUCAGACUAAAAUUGCUAAAGCUAUAAAAAAGAUUUCUAGCAAGCCCAAAUUUUCUUGUCACAAAACCAAAUCAAAAUUUAGAACCAAAAAAAAGAAAUUAUCCAAGUAUAUUAAUGCCUAUAUAAUUUUAAAUAAAUUAUCUUCAGACUCUAGUGAUAGCAAAAAUAAAUUGGAUUUCUCUGAAACCAGUGAGUUUAGUAAUUUAGAAAGUGAAUUAGAAAAAUACAAAGUUAAUGUUAUAAAAAAAAAACAACUUUUUCUAAUAGCAAGAGAUCAAAAAAGCACAAAAGUGUUAGACCAAAAAAUUUCUAGCAAAAAAUCUAUUCUAGAGAGAUCACAAUCAGAGGCAGAAAUUUCAUGGCCCAACCUUAUAAAAAUUAAUUUUAUUCACAAAAUUAUUUCCAAUGAUGUUGCUACUAUAUGUUGUAAAAUUAGCUCAUCAUUAGAAAAAAUCAUACAAGUGCCUUCUAUCAUGAUAAAUAGUGAAGCAAAUUGCUUAGUUAUCUUAAAAGGUCUUAUAAAACUAUUGGAAACAGAAGUUAAUAAAAAUAAAAAACCAUCUGUUAAAUGA